GCCAUGUUGAGAUUAUCUGCAGAAACUGCUGGAGAAAAACAUACACAAAAGCCUUUCGGUAGAAUUGUUUUUCUGAGCAUAUCAGUGUGUUUGAAAACUACAUUCAUGUUUUCCCACUUUUAAGAAAUAUUUCUGUACAAUGGCUGCGAACGCCCGAGAUGACGAGUUUGAUCAGUUUGACAAGCCAGGCGCCGAGAGGUCAAGAAGAAGAAGAACUGGAGAUGAUGACUUGGACAGUGAUUUGGAAUACGACUUACUUGAUGAUGAUUGGCUUACGGCCAAAAAGAAUCCUUCUGAUAUGUCAGAUGAAGAGCUGAAUGAUGACUUGCUACAGAGUGAUGAAGAAGAUCAAAAUAUUAGUGCCCAAGGAAUGACCGUAAGCCUCAACACUACAGCUACUCUGGUUUCUUCGUUCGACCUUAACGAGCAGUCCUUGGAAGAUGCAGACUACACAGACGGCAACGAAAAUUUGGAAGCUGAGGACUACGAAGGUGGAGAGGGGGUGGAGGGUUAUUCACAAGAAGAGUAUGCAGAACAGUAUGAAGCCACUGAUGCUGAGCUGGCAGAGGACCAAAUAGAAUACACAGGAGAGCAGGCUGAGGAAGAAAUUUACAACGGUGAAGUGUUAGACAUUGAAAUCAAUGACCCACUAGAUGAUGAAUUUCAAGAUGAUGAGUACUCCCAGGAUUACCACAGUCAGCAAACUGUGCUGCAGGUUCAGGUGGAGACGCCGAACGAAGCUGAGGAUGAGCAAGCCACCCCAAGCACGCAGGCCGUUGAUCCAGAAGAGAUGGAGAAUGAAACUGAGCAGGAACAGCAGCUCAGGGAAGAGUCCGAUGAGGAGGAGGAGGAGGAUGAAGAAUCAGGUCGACAGCGUUUUAAAACUGAACGAAAGGACGUCACCGUCAUACGCCUGUCCGAUGCAGCAAGUAAACGAAGAAACAUUCCAGAAACCUUAGAGCUUUCAGAAGAAGCGAAAGCAGCCCUCUUAGAGUUUGAGGAGAAGGAGCGCCAGCGGAAGAUGGGCCGCUUCGGGGGCCGGGGCAGGGUGCGAGGGAGAGGAAGAGGGAGAGGAGGGAACUUUUCCGGUUUCGGACUGGGAGACUUCAGGAAUGAUGGUCCGGAUAAAGGAAGAAUGAAUGAACAAAGACCUCCGCUCCUGCACAUGCCAAUGGCCAUGCAGCAGCAGCAUUCUAGGGUGCCUCCCCAGCAGCAGCAGCAGCAGCAGCUGCCGCCCCCGCCCCAGCGGAGUCAUUUCCAGGAGCCAGGUCCCCAGCGGAGCUCAGCCCCUCAGCCUCUCAUCCCUCCCCACCAGGCUCAUCGCUCCUCCCCGCCGCAGGGGACACCCGUUCGCCCCCAGAUCGAGGGGCCGAGAUUGACCAGCCCUCCCCCGCCUGCCCAUUCUCCGCAGCAGCCCAAGAACAUUCACAUUAACCCCCACUUCAGGGGACCGGUGUCCUCUCAUGUGCAAGUGCCCUUGAUGCCUGCGCAAAACCAGCCCAGGCCUGCUGUGGUUCCCCAGAGAUUCCCGGGACCACCUGAGUUUCAGCAGCAUGUCCCUGGAAAUUUUAACCACCCUCCGAGGCCUCACCACCCUGAGCCCUGGAGAGGACCCCCACCUCCUCAGGAGAGAGACCCUUUCUUCAUUGGCGAGCCAAGGUUCCCAGGACAGCAUAUGUUUGAUCAACAGAGCCCAGCUCCGCUCAUGAAUAAUAACCACCCUCUUCCUGGCCAGAAUCCCAUGGCUUUCAACCAGCCAGGGCCAGGGUUUAACCCACAAGGACAGCAACCGAUGUUCCAGCGGGAUCCCAUGAGACCAAACCUCCUUCCUCAGGGUCCCUUGGGCAUGUCCAACUUAAACCAGCCUGGACCUGCCAAUCCUAGACCUUUUAUGCCUCAGCGACAGCAGUUUCCUCAACCAGGGCCGCCUUUUCAACAUCAGUUUGGUAUGCAGGUACGACCGAGAGGGUUGAUGCAUCCCCCACUGCAUUCCCAGCCUCCUCACCACGAGCAGCAGCCACAGCACCAUCUGCACCAGUCUCUCCAGCACCAGCAUCAGCAUCAGCAUCAGCACCAGCAUCAGCAUCAGCACCAGCACCAGCCCCAGCACCACCCUGUGGCACAGCGCCCCCUGCUGCACGGACAGCAGCCGCCCUUCAGACAACAGCUGCACAAUAUACAGCCCCAGAUCAAUCCCAGAAUGCAACAUCCCCAGUUACGUACAGCGCCCAUUAAACCAAGAAUGAGAGCGGCGGUGAAGAACACGGUUCAGAAGGUCAAAAAGGAGCCGCCGGUUGUGCAGCCUACCCCUCCGCAGAAAUGUGAAGCAGAGAUUCCGGACGAGGAUGAAGAAACCAGGCUCUAUCGGUUAAAAAUAGAGGAGCAGAAGCGUCUGAGAGAAGAGAUCCUGAAACAAAAAGAGCUGAGAAGGCAGCUGCAAGCUGGCAUGAGAAAGAAAGAACUGCUGGAACGAAUCACGAGCCAGUAUCAGCCACAGCAGCAGCAACAACAGCAACAACAGCCACCUCUGCAACCUCAGCCCCCUGUACAGCUGCAACAGCAGCAGCCAUCUCAGACCCAAAACACGCCGCUGCCCCCUUCUAACGGCGUUCAGCAGGCGCCCCAGCCCGGAGCCGUGCCGCGACAGAAUGUGAAGAACCGCCUGCUGCUGAAAAAGCCCCCGGCACAGGGGUGGCCUGGUGUGCCCCAGCAGAACGUGAGGCCCCAGCAGUCUGGGCUAAACUUGCAGACUCAGUGGCCGACCCGGAAAAAUGUGAACCAGUUCAAUCAGGCCAGGCAAGGACCCCAAUUCCCGACCCCGCCGGCUCAGCCCAAACCUGCGGCCGUGUCAGCUGUGCCCGGGCAGCAGCAGCAGAGUGGUGGGAGGGAGGCGUUUGGACAAGGCAGGCCGCAGGAGCUGAAGCCUGGUGUGAAAAGGACUGUAAUGCAGAGAUCCAACAGUGGGGGGAGAGAUGGGCCACAUGGCGUCACAAAAGUCAGGGUAGUCAAGAUAUUAGGAGGGGGGGAAGAAGAACCUGACUACACUGAUCCAGUGCAGCAGCAGCAGCAGCAACAGAGGAUCCAGCCUCCACCUCAGCAACAGAGGCAGCCAGCGCAGCAGCAGAGGCAGGUGCCUCUGCGGAAGGUAACCAUGGGCAGGGCACCAGUCCAGCACCUGCAGCAACAAAAGCAGAACCAGCAGCAAGCAGGCCUGCAGGGAGGGAGAGGCACUUUUGGCAUUCAGUCUCAAAACAGGGUUGUUAUGCAGGGGCGAGGCAGAGUGGGAGCAGGCCAGAUGGGCCGGGGCCGCUUGAUGCCAAACAAACAGAACAUGCGAGUGGUGGAGACUCAGCCAUGCAUCGUGUCAAUUGAAGGGCUUUCUUCGUCAACCACUGAUGUCCAACUGAAAAACCUGCUGAUGUCAGUAGGACCCAUUCAGAUGUUUGAAAUGCUGCCAGAACAAAGGAAAGCCAUUGCAAAAUUUUGUAAUCCACAGCAUGCGUCAAGUUUUCAGCAGAGGUUCCACAGGCACAUGAUAGAUUUGUCACAUAUAAAUGUGUCACUGAUCGCUGACUAAGAUGCUGUGUGUUCGCACUGAGCGCCGGGUGACAUGACGAUGUAGAGGUGGAGGGGAAUGAUGGGGAGGUCGCUGUGAGACUCAUGUCAGCGCACACAGACGCACGGGCAAAUCUAGCUUCAAGUCCUGACACAGCCUUGUGGAACAGUGGAAUCUGCAGACUCACGGGAUGAAACGGGCCCAGCGACACAGGAAGAUGUGCACUGCUACCUGAGGAUUUUGUGCUUUAACUCACAACUUGUGACUAUUUUCUGGUCAUCCAUGAAUGCUCACUCCAGACGUAGAAUCACAGCACGUGCUCGCUUUACCAGUGAUGACUUUACAAGGGAAGCUGGUGAAGAUUUGCUUUUCCUGUGCAUAAGAAAGACAUUAGUAGUGAAUAACACUUGAUAAUGGUUGUUCUCAUCUUUAAAACACUUUUUCUCAGAAACUCAGCUCAGUCUCACAAACUCAGUCUAUGUAUCUGGAAAAUUCAUGGUCAGAAAGCUUGGACAUCUCUCUGUAGGUGGUUUCUUCUGGAUAAUUGAUCAGCUUAAUUGUGUUUGUACAAGAAACAAGUUUUGAUUUUUAUGUAGGUGCUGCUGUUACUCUGGAAAGACAAUUUGGCCUGCCCGUUUAAAUUUUCUCUUCCAUGCAGUGCCGUAGAGAGGCUUUAGAUGGCAGCAUUUGACAGUACAAAUCAAACCGAAGCGGUCACUUUCUGCAUUUUGAUUUGCAGUAUGUGACCGUUCCAGAUGAAAGCCCCCUUAGUUUUGUCAAUAUCGCCACCUUGUGGACGUAAAUGGGUGAAUGUAAGCCAUCGUGUUCAAUGACGGAUUUUCUCUCCUGACAUUUUAAAAUUUGACUAAGUUUAAUUGCUUUUGUUUCAUUUGAAACAUGAGACAGACAGUGUGGUUUUAAAAAAGACAGUAUGCCUUCUCAGCAGAGGAUUUAUUUGUUUCAGUUACUGCUAAACUGAGUUUCAGGAUAAGCUUUCUGUGUAUAUGUAACUUAUACUUUUCCCUUUCGUAACAUAAGUUCUCUCAACAAAGGUAUGAAAAGUUUCUCUUGACAUAAUAGGUGAAGGUCUAGUUUUGAGUUGCUUAUAAUUGAGAGCUGCAUAUCUCAUCUGGCAUUCUCUUAACUGUAACUAGGUUGAUAAACUCAUAGCAAGUAAUGAGAAGAUAUUCUUUGCUUCCCAACAGAGCAGUCUGACAUUUUUACUUAAAUUUCCAAAUUUCUACUGUUCCAUGGUCUGAGCUGCAUUUUCGGUAGAAAAUGACUUUGACUCUGUGACGCCCUAUUGCAUUUCAGUUAUCAUAUGUAGUUUUCAUGUUUUUUUUUUUAAAUCAUCUCUUUCUAUAGAACAAAUAUAGUUCCUCAGUUAUAGUCUGGUCUUCGUAAGGAUUGACAAGUUCAAAUUUAGAAUUCAAUCAAAAUAAAGUUGGUGGUUUUAAUCUCUGCAUCCAUAUAGAGAUUCAUUUUACAUUUUUCAUUUGCAGGAUAAAAUCCUAAUUAAUGUGGUUGCUCUUAGGCUUCAUGGAAAUAUUUUGCCAACGCCUUCCUUCCUGCAGCCUAUUACAAUGUUUAUUUUCAACAAAUACCUUAAUUCAGGCAGUCUUUCUGUUGGCAUAAAUAGUGUUUAUAUGUACAGUAUGUAUUCAUAUAUACAGUAAAAAGUUGUGUAAGUUAAUACAACCUAGGCAAAAUAAUACUGUAUUCAGUGUAGAUAAUGUCUAAUCAUUACCUGUAACAAGCACAUUAUUUGCAUACAGGAUACCCUUACCCAGGGUGAAUUUAAAAUGUUUUGAGGACCGUGCAAGUUUUCACAUACAUUGUCAUAUACUGAUUAAGGCCAAUGAUCUCUCCAGAGAGCAUUUCCACUCAUAAAGAAUAAAUAUAUUGUAUACUAUAUUACAAAAAUAUGUAAUUUAUCAUAUUUUUCAUAACACCUUUUCAGAAGUUCUAAAUAUUUGCUAUGGACAAAUGAGAAAAAUAAAAAAAAACUGUGUGACGAAUCUGUAUAGUAUCACCAUUUUCAGAGCAGUACACAAUACCCAAGAGGCAAUUGCUGUGCCCAUGACGCUCAAUCUCUCCAUGAGCAUACCUCUUUCGAAAUCUUCUAGUCGUUCAGUUAAUGUUAGUGUAAUUGCAUUUUAGGAGCUCUCAGUUCUGUUGGUGAUAGGAACUGGAAAUUGUGUAUGAAAUUUUUGUGAUUUUAUUUUAAACCCCCAUAUCUGGAAAAGUCAGUUUGGAAAUUGGCUUCCUUGUGUCAUACAAGGAAAAUGAAAAGCUGUAGACAUACUCCUGUGACAAUCUGACCCUUGGGACCCAUUCAACAUGUGAUAUGCCAUGCGCUCCACACUGCGCUGGGUGCUUGCAGGCUCUCUUCAGACCCCCAAGAGCCUGUUGUACCAAACUCCAAGGCGAUGGUGGCUGACUGACCAACCGCGUAAGCAGUGGUGUUCCACAUCUUGAGGAAUCGCAGUCACGGUCUGUUCAUGACGUGGCCCAGGCAUGAGUCAGUGACGUCUUGAUUAUAGGACUCCCACCUGUUUCUUCAUUGAAUACCUUUACUGUGCUGCUUCUGUGGAUCUCCUGGGGUUGAUUCCUUUUAGAUUUGUCAUCUCUUUUGGUACCAAGAAGAAGUUACGGUUGACAAUUUAUUCAACUUGUAAUGUCUGAUUAUAAGAAAUUAGUGAUUUUUGUAGAAAACAAAUAGGAUCAGGCAACAUGUGCAUGCACCUAUAUGUGCGUGUAAAUAUUUGAGAGAGUGUUCAGUAAAGUGGAUUAUUUACCAGAUACAAUGUGCGAAGACUUGUUUGUCAGCGUUGACUGCUUCUGCAUCCACACUUUUGAUGCCACCUCACAUUUUUAUGGAUGCCCAUGAAGUGAAAACAAUCUUUUUGUCACUACCCGUUCCUGUACUGCCUUAGAAGAUUAUAAUUAUCUUCACAUCACAAGUUUCAGCCUUGGAAAGCUUCCUUCACUUAGUCAAAGUGAUGAAAGUCUGAUGAAUCCAGCUGUCAGGAAAGCGAUGACAGUAUUCUGGAACCAGAAGAGUGAUAUCUGCCCAGUCCAAUGUGGAAAUUUGAACAAAUAAGUGCAACAUAGUCUGCAUUUGUGCAAACUCAACUGUAACCACUAAUGUGUACAGUGCGUCACGGGACAGUCGUCACAGGUGUCAUUCUGUAGGAUGACAGUGUGAAGUCUGUCUUACUAUGAGGGCUACAGUGCAGUGCAUUGAAGAUCUAGGUUGGAAUUCUUAACACUGCCACCUUUCAGUCCAGUUCUUGCACUGUUCAGCCACAAAACUCUCAGAGAUAGGAACUUUAGUGAUAAAUACCCAUAAGCUCGUGAAACAAUGGCAGGAGUGUUGCGAUGUACGAUAUUGGGGAAAAUAAGUCUUCCCCACUAUUGAAGGCUGAACCAUUUUAUUUUCCCAACUUAUUUUUUAGGCUUAAAUUCUGGUAAUAUCUGAUUAUGUAUCUACCUUGAAGUCUAAGUUUAGGUCCUCGUUUUGUUAAUAUACAUGCAUAGAUGAAUAGGAAAGCAGUGCUUGCUCCUCAGUUGCUAAAAGACAGGUUUACUUUGGUACAAAUGUGCCAAUCAGAGCGUUAUAUAAUAAGCAGACAGCUAUCAGUUGAUAUUUUAGUGUCUAAGGUAUGCUUAUACUGAAGAUGGGUGAUUUUUAUUUAGUGUAGAAACAUAAUUAUCAUAAUUACCAUUAUCAGGCUAUGCUGAUCAUUCUGACUUAAAGCAUAAUUUGUACAUUUAAGACAGUUUCAAAUUUGCAACAAAGGAAGAUGAAUGUGUAACUUAAUCAGUAACUUUUACACAAGCACCAGUUUGUGUGCUCAGUUCAGUGUCCUCUGUGUAAGAAUUUGUAAUAGACUGGUGAACAUCUAACAGCAGCAAAGAGCUGAAACAUUCUCAAAAACAAUUUGAAUGUCAGUUUUUCCAGUUCUUGAUAACAUAAUUUAUCGUGCUUUUAUUUCUGGUAGAUUGCAGAGUUCAUGUAGGGCAUAAAAUGCAGAAAGCUCAAAGGAAUUUUGAAAACUGUUUUUUUUGUAUUGCACAGGUUUGAAGACCGUUAGGUGUGGUUACACUGGCAAAAACGUUUUUAGAACAAGGCCAGGAUAUAUUCCCUAAUGGGUUUCUAAAUGCAUUCUUAUCGUGAACAACAUACUGCAGUACCAGUAUAUACAAUUUCCAGGGUGCAUUGCAUGCCAGUAAGCAAUAUUAUAUUUCUGCCUUCUCAUAACUCAUUUAAGAUCUUCUCCAGGCAGAAAUAUGACCUGCUGCUGUCACACAAGUAUAUAUGACAGUUUUGGAACAGAAUGUAACAGAAUCCUUGCAGAACGAUGCCAGAAUUCAAGUUUAAAUACUCAGGGGAUUAUACCCUACUUUGGAGGUUUAUAUCAGACGUGGAUACUAGUAUAAAGUGUCCAUUUCUCUUGAAUUGCUAAAUUUAAAUACCUGUGUUCAGAUUAGGGGGGAUUAGUGGUAUGACUGUACUUUGAAUUCCUUUAAUGGUCUUGGUUUCAAAACAAUGUUUACUGCAGUAGUCAGUUUGCAUUUCUAGUAAUGUAGAAAAGACACUCAAGUAAAUAGAUUCACUAAUCUUUCAGAUGCUCAGUUGUAACAUUACUUCAUAUAUCAUUUUGCUAAAAUUGUCAUUUCAAACUGAUCAGUUCCACAAAGGAGGGUUGUAUGGUGCUUCCUCAAUGUAUUUUCUGCUUAACCAAGGGUUAAGGUAUGAAGGUGCUAUGCACUUUAAAAAGAACUCUAUCUUGAUUCCCUUAUAAGAGAAAAAGAUCAGUAAUGUAGGUAGUUAUAGAGUCAGACAUGCUCUUCUUGAGUAUUUUAAAGCUGUAGCCCUUAGCAGUUAUUACAUGUGGGUUAGGCAUACUUCACUCUUCUAUUCCAUUACAUCCAAUGUUUUUCAUGUAAUCGUUAAUCAUUAUUUACCUCCAUUAGGGAGGAGCAUGUAAGGACCAAAGGGAAUAUUUGAAGAGGUGAAGUUGCCUAUCUCUGUCCAAAAUAACUAGAAUUCAAAAGUCUUAAAAGAACUGUCUGAUCUGUGAUUCUGUCGUCACAUUGUGCAGCAAAUUACAUUUUCUUACACUUCUGCUUGUAAGAUAUCUGUGUAUCACUGCAGGAAGGGCUACAGUUGUCUUAAAAUAAGUUGCUGUUGUGCUUUCUGCCACUUUAGUUUCUCUCAAAUGGAAACAUCUGUAUAAAGCUGAAGAUAAGUAACAUUAUUUAGCCUUUUCAGAAACCCCAGUCUUUUCUCGCUGAGUGUUGUAAGGCUGUUGUUUUUUUUGCUCACCUUUUCUUGGUGGUGUGUGAUGAUCUUUUUAUCAAGAUCCAGAAAAAAUGUAAGUGACUUAAAAGACCUCUUAAAUGUCAUGCUGUUGUUUUCAGUCAUACUCUAGAUUUGGGUUUCUCAUUGAAGGUGAAAUGCACAAAGAAAGCUGCAUUAGGGGUUUAAUGCUCUUAACCUCUCUUUUUAUCCUGUGAAAGCAUACUGUCUUUUUUAAAUGCAUUUUUUGAGAACUCAUUGUUUUACACAAUGCAAAAGGGUAAGAUUUUUACCUUUUUCAAGUAGGGCUGUAAGGUUUUCAGGGGAUGUAAUACUAACUUUAUUCCCUCCUGUUCUUAGUUGAGGGAAAAUGUCACGCACUGUAAAAUUUAUUGUGGAAGGUGUUGGGCAACCAUUAUCAGUUUGUUCUUUAUCAUGUAGUUAAAGUGCAAGAAAUUGCAUCUCAUUUACAUUUAAUGUUUAGGUUUUUAUUUUUGUUUCUUGAUCAUUGUUUUGGACUACAGUAGACUUCAAUGUACAUUUAAAGUUUUGGAUCAGUUCUUCUUAGACUUGUAUGUAUCAAGAAAAACAUUUUAUAAAGGUUGUGUCUAUAAGUAAA